CUCCGCUACUUUUCAUCAAUGAUUCACUGUGUUGAAGUCGACCUUCCUUCGUGACCGUCUGACAGAAACACAAACUGACCUGAGAUCCGCUCCAGUCUCCACCGCACACAGGUUUGUCAAACACUGAUGCUGCGUCUCCAGUGGAUGUGGUAUGGAUAAUAGCUAUGGCUCACAGUAAUCUGCGGACAUCACCCUCCUCCUCUCAUGAUGAAGUCAAUCUGGGACCUUCAGCGAACCCACAUGCCAGACCCACUGACUUUGACUUCCUGACUGUUAUUGGCAAAGGGACCUUUGGAAAGGUCCUGCUCGCCAAGCUCAAAGCUGACAACAAAUUCUAUGCCGUCAAAGUGCUGCAGAAGAAAGUCAUCCUGAAGAAGAAAGAGCAAAAAAACAUUAUGGCAGAAAGGAACGUGCUGCUGAAGAGUCUGAAACACCCAUUUCUGGUUCGGCUUCACUACUCCUUUCAGACUCCAGAGAAGCUCUACUUUGUCCUUGACUAUGUGAAUGGAGGAGAGUUGUUUUUCCACCUGCAGAGAGAACGGUGUUUCUCUGAGUCCAGGGCGAGGUUUUAUGCCGCUGAGGUAGCGAGCGCUAUCGGCUACCUUCACUCUCUUAACAUUGUUUACAGAGAUUUGAAGCCAGAAAAUAUUCUCUUAGACUCUCAGGGUCAUGUGGUGCUGACAGAUUUUGGCUUGUGCAAAGAAGGAGUGGAACCAGAAGGAACCACAUCAACUUUCUGUGGGACUCCAGAAUACUUGGCUCCAGAGGUUCUUCGUAAGGAACCGUAUGACCGGACCGUGGACUGGUGGUGUCUGGGAGCAGUUCUCUAUGAGAUGAUCUACAGCCUGCCUCCGUUCUACAGUCGUGACGUUGGGGAAAUGUAUGACGGGAUCCUCCACAAGCCGCUCCUCCUGCCUCCUGGGAAGUCGGACGCCAUCUGCUCUCUGUUGAUCGGUCUCCUGCAGAAAGACCAGCACAGACGCCUCGGGGCUAUCGCCGACUUUUUAGAAAUAAAGAACCACAUAUUUUUCUCUCCAAUUAACUGGGAUGACCUUUAUCACAAGAGAAUCACUCCUCCAUACAACCCCAACGUGAAAGGCCCAGCUGACACUCAGCACAUAGAUCCAGAGUUCACCAGAGAGAUGGUCCCGAACUCAGUGAGUCGGACCCCAGAGCUCAACGCCGGCACCAGCGCCAACAACGCCUUCAACGGUUUCUCCUUUGUCGCCACUGAGGACAGCUUUCUGUGACAGACCAGUUAACUGUCUGAAGGUGACACAUAAUAAACAGCUCACGCCUCUGUUGAGUUCAGAUGUUGUGGUGUGUGUGUGUGUAGCAGACGUAGCUGCAGCAGAAGCACUACACCGCAUCUGUUAGAUUGAAAUACCAAAGGAAUUUUUAUGGUGCAGCAGAAAGUGCGGGGAGAGUUUUGUCAGGUCGACUCUUACACCGGUAACUCUUGACAGGUAACGAGGGAUCUGACACUGGCAUGACAGAGUUACCGAAUAAAACAGUUCAGACGCUUUUUAGACGCAGUGCAUAUUUGUUUAUUUGAUUCAUUUAUUGUACAUUAGAAUGAAUACUGUGCUUGGCUGGCUUCUUUAGACAUGUCGUAUUUCAUCUUUUUGAACUGAAGACUGAAACUGUGUAAUGUUACAACCAAUCUUGAACAUUCUGUUUUAUAUAAAGGUUUGUCCUGUAUUUGAAAACAACUGAACAUGUGGGGUCACCAGUAUUUUUAAGAAAAGGAGGAAAGUUUAACAGCCAAGAGACCAAUUAAUAUAUCACCACCUUCAUUACAUAAUUGCCUGUCUUUUUUUUUUUUUUUUUUUUUUUUUAACAGAAAUUACAUUUUUGCCUAAAUCAUCUCCUCUUACAUGAUAUACAUUUCUAUUUAGGUUAGUGUAAACAUACAUACCUUAAUAUGUCUUAUCUUGUUGAUGAAGAAGCAGAGCUAGCCCUCUCCUCCCGCCCACUUGUUAUAUUUGUUCUAUAUUCUACUAAAAAACUUGAAUUAGUAUCUUCGUUCACAUUUGAGGUGUGGACAUUGAAUUGUACCCGAAAGGGAAGAUUUGUAGGAUCUGCUUCUCCAAAUAAACAAAGAAAGAAAAAAAUAAAAAUAAAAAUAAUAAUAAUAAUAAUUUCCUCAUGUUUAAGUUUGUUGUGUUUCCUGAAAAAUCUGAAAAAGUGGCUAAAAGGGGCAUUUAUUUUAGGAAGGUGAUGAUAUGAUAUACUGUGCAGCCUUUAUGCAAAGUGUUACCAAAAUUACCUACUUGUUUUUGAGAUAAAAUAAUGUCAGAUUUACCAAAGUAUCAACAUUUGAUGCACUCGAUUGCUCAUCCGUAAUGGCUGUUUGCUCUGUGCAAAUUUAGUGGUGCUUUUGUCUCUGAAAGGAAACCAUCAAAUGUCCUCUGCCAUGUUUUUAAGUAGAUUAUUUUAGACUGUAGAUAACACACACACAGAUGUUGAUGUGAAGUUUCUGUCCAAGAUGUUAAUGUUAUAUUGAAAAUACUGUAUGUAUGUAUGGUAAUAUCUGUAAAUAUACAAUAGAUUAUGAACUGUAAGAAAAUUGUUUUGCCUCUAUUUCAACAAAUUGAAGUUGGUAACAGAUGUUGUUGUUGAAAGUUGAAAAUGUACAUCUGAUGCAUUUUAUAUUUACCAUCCACUACAUAUACUGUGUACUUAAAGGUUUUGUUUGUACAUCUGAUAUUAAAGCUUCCCUGUUCCAGUUCAUGGAUGAAACGUCA